CUCUCUCUCUCUCUCUCUCUCCUCCCUCCCUCCUUCUUCACUCCCUCCCAUCUCUAUUUCGACUCUUAAUUCCUUUUUUUUUCUGGCCAAAUCUUUUUCGAUCCGUCAAAGACAUAGCAUGAUAGUACCAGGAAGAAAAUGGGUGAGAAGCACGAACUGCGUCUUAAAAGCCCGGUGGGUGCGGAGCCCGCUGUGUACCCCUGGCCGUUACCAGUCUAUGACAAACACCAUGAUGCUGCUCAUGAAAUUAUUGAAACCAUCCGAUGGGUUUGUGAAGAGGUCCCUGAUCUUAAACUUGCUAUGGAAAACUAUGUGCUAGUGGACUAUGAUACCAAAUGCUUUGAGAGUAUGCAGAAGCUAUGUGAGAAGUACAACCGGGCAAUGGAUAGCAUUCAGCAGUUGUGGAAAGGGACGACACAGCCUAUGAAACUGAACACUCGGCCUUGCAAUGGCCUGCUACGACAUAUUCUGCAACAGGUCUACAACCACUCAGUGACUGACCCAGAGAAACUGAACAACUACGAACCCUUUUCUCCUGAGGUUUAUGGUGAAACAUCCUUCGAUUUAGUCGCUCAAAUGAUUGAUGAGAUCAAGAUGACUGAAGAUGAUACGUUUGUUGAUUUAGGAAGUGGAGUGGGUCAAGUAGUGUUGCAAGUUGCUGCAGCUACACAGUGCAAGCAUUACUAUGGCGUAGAGAAGGCAGAGAUACCUGCAAAAUAUGCAGAGACAAUGGACACAGAGUUCAGAAAAUGGAUGCGAUGGUAUGGGAAGAAAUAUGGAGAGUACACACUGGAAAGAGGCGACUUCCUAUCUGAAGAAUGGAAAGAAAAAAUUGCAAGUACAAGUGUUGUGUUUGUGAAUAAUUUUGCCUUUGGUCCCGAGGUGGAUCACCAGCUGAAGGAACGAUUUGCAAACAUGAAGGAAGGUGGCAAAAUUGUCUCUUCCAAACCCUUUGCACCAUUGAAUUUCAGAAUAAAUAGCCGGAACUUGAGUGAUAUUGGCACUAUCAUGAGAGUUGUGGAGUUAUCACCACUGCGAGGCUCAGUUUCGUGGACUGGCAAACCAGUCUCCUAUUACCUGCAUACAAUUGAUCGGACCAUACUUGAAAACUACUUUUCUAGUCUCAAAAAUCCAAAACUCAGGGAGGAACAAGAGGCAGCUAGACGUAGACAACAAAAGGAAAAUAAAGAAAAUAAGAGUAGUACAACAACUCCAACCAAGGAUUCUGGUCCUGAGGAGGAAAAAACUGGGGUAACCGGGAUUAAAAAAGCACCUUCACCUGCUAAACCACGUAAGAGUAAGAUAAUUAAUAAAAGCAAGAGAAUUGCAGUUCGAAAAAGAGGCCGCCCCAAGAAAAUGAGCACUGCGAUUUCAAAAAGGAAUACCAAGAAAAGCCAAUCUGCACUGGAUCUUUUACACGCUCAGACUCUGUCGGCAUCCUCACCUCAGGAUGCAUACAAGUCACCUCAUAGUCCAUUUUACCAACUACCUCCCAAAGUGCAACGCUAUUCACCCAAUCAGUUUUUACUGGGUCCUACACCACCUGCACUACAGAAGCUGCUAGAGUCUUUCAGGUUACAGUAUCUGCAGUUCAUGGCAUAUAUGAAGACACCUCAGUACAAGACAAACUUACAGCAGUUAUUGGACCAGGAAAAGUUGAAGAAUAUGCAGUUGACCGGAACAGCACAGCAGUUGUUUAGGCACUGUCAGACACAGAAAGAAGAAGUCCGCCUUCUUUUUCAGCAAAAACUUGAAGAGUUGGGUAUAAAGGCCAUGACAUUCAAUGAUUUACUCCAAGCACAGAAAGAGAUCAUCGCUCACAACAGGCAGCUAAAAGAACAGACAAAGCAGCUGGAAAAAGAUAAUGGUGACCUCAGGAAACAUAGUCUACAGCUGCUGAAAGCACGAUGUGAAGAGCUAAAUUUGGAUUGGUCUUCUCUGUCUUUGGACAACCUACUGAAGGAGAAGCAAGCCUUGAAAAGCCAGAUCUCAGAAAAACAAAGGCACUGCUUAGAGCUUCAGAUAAGCAUUGUGGAGUUGGAGAAGAGUCAACGGCAGCAAGAGCUAAUACAACUUAAGUCAUAUAUGCCAUCAGAUGAUGUAUCUCUUCAGCUGCGCCACAAAAACAAAAAUUAUGAGAUGGAUACAGAAAGAAACAGAUAUCAGCUUGAGAUCGAAUGCCCUAAGAUUCCAAUGGCAAACCUGAAUGGCUUGAGCCCCGAACUCUCUAUUAAUGGAAGUGCAACACCUUUUGAAAUUCACAAUUCUGUAAACCGCCCUCCUUCCAAAUCACAAAACGUGUACAACACUCUGUUUCCAGACCAGGAGAAUGGACUGUGCAUCCCAAACCUUAUGAGUAAACACAAAGCAGACAGAUUACAAAGUCACACUCUCCCUGACUACACCAGGUUUUCUCCUGCCAAAAUUGCACUUCGUCGACAUUUGAACCAAGAUCAUACUGGAGGUGAAAAGCUUGUACAUGAAGUACAAGUGGCCUGUGCUCAGAGGAUUGAAAACCUAAAAGAAACUGGUCUCCCACAUCAUAGUCCAGGAGUUCCAAAUGGUGUUCAGCAUGGUUCAGGUGAACAACAGCAACCUUUGUCCCCAACAUCCCAGCAGAUGACAUGUGAGAAAAGCGCAGAGAAGCUUUCUAAAGAUGGCAGCAAAAGUCCAGUUAAUAAUUCUGAAACCAUAACCAGCCUACCAAUCAGUAUUCCACUGAGCACUGUUCAACCAAACAAAUUGCCUGUCAGCAUUCCCCUGGCCAGUGUAGUUCUGCCAGUCCGUGCUGAAAAAGUUAGAAGCACACCCAGUCCCAUUCACGUUUCAAAUCGUGAUUUAUCAAUGCUUGACAAACAAUAUGGUGCUACCUAUGGAAAUGUGGCUGGAAAUAAACCACAGUCUUUGGCUAACUCAGGUUUUUGUUACUCAGCUGGCUCUGUGGCGGUCAAUGGAGUCCAUUCUGGCUCUCCCAUCCAGUCAGUGCUCAAUAGUCAUGACAAGACACUAUUAGAAGAUUCUGAUUCCACCAGUGUAGGUAUCCUUGCCAACAGUUCAGUCUUGCAGAGCAUAAACCCACAGCAUCCAACAAUGCACCUGAUGCACUCUCGAAAUUCUGAACAAAAUUCUCCAACCACUCAACAUUCAGGCAGCCCAAGGCUGUCUAGCUCUCAAAAUCCAGCGACCAGUUCUCCAAGCAUAGGUGGGGUUUUACAGUAUGCGGACACACAAAAGGCCUUCUCGGAGGUAAUCAAAAAAGAUCUACAGCCAGACCAAGGUGCCUCGGAUCAGGAGAAUGAAUCCAAACGCAGAAUAAUAUUUUCCACUGCUAAUGGUGGAAAUAUAAAGCAAUCUACUUUAAAUAAACAGGCCCCUAUUGCUUCAGCCAUCAAGUUGGAAUCUGGACAGACAAUGUCACAAGAAGGAAAAAAGAAGGGCAGAAGAAAACGUUCUUCUUUGACGUCCAAUUUAAAUGCAGGCAGCUCUCCUAAACGGAAAUCCCUCCUUGCUGCACUAGGACUUUCUUCAGGAUCUCCUUUGAAUAUUAGUUCCAUGGUCAAUAACAUCAACCAACCUUUGGAAAUAACAGCAAUUUCAUCACCAGAAACUUCAGUGAAGAGCUCUCCUGUUCCCCAUCAGGACAAUGAAGGACCUCCAAGUUUGAAAAAGAAAAAGGUGUUUGCCUCCAAUGGUGUUCAUUAUUCUCCACUUACAUCUGAUGAAGAGCAGGAGGAGGAAACUGAGCAGAUUAAUGGAAGGAUUGAAAGAAAAAUGACCCAAAAUCAGUGCACUGUAUCAAUUGAAAGUAAAGAAAUUCCAACCAUUUGCGGAGAAAAUGACCAAGGUGGAAAUUUAUCAAUACGGAAGCAAGGAUCCGGUUCCAGUACUUCAGACAACAGCAGUAAAUGGAAAUCCACUUUUUCUCCGAUAUCUGACAUCAAUUUGACCAAGAACUCUGACAACGCAUCCCAGUCAGCAUCUGCUUUAUGCCAAGCAUCUCCUUUUGGCACCAGGCCUAUUACAGGUGAACUUUCAGUCAGUGAUGCUAAAAUGGGAUCCCAUCAGAGGAAACACAUCACCACCCCAGUCUCGGUGGAGGAAAAUGGUUGUCAUGCAGCCUCACCUAUCAUUUUUAAUUACAAUUCGGGACGAUCUGCAGAUAUCAGUUUACAUGAUUAUAAUGAAGGUGCUUGUUUAGCUCGUAAGACUUCAGAGAUGGUGGGUCUGAAUUCCAGUGCACUGUACCAGCUGACCAGGAACAAAGCUGACUCCAGUAUUGACUCAAAUCUCUCUUCAAACAAGAAGCAACCAGAUGGGUUGACUGGUGCAAAGGGCGAUGAGCUGAGCAAGUCAGGGGUCAAAGGUAUUUUUAACCAUGUGGUGCCUUCAGUCUCUUCUCAUCAGUUUGGAGCCAAUUUCAGCAAUGUUCCAGUGUCUAGUAGCACGAUGUUAAGCUUUAACCCACUACAGACUGUUCCUACUACUUCUCACUCAUUUCUUUCUGUAUCUUCCAGUACAUUAUCUUCCACUGAGAGCAGAGUGGCCCCCUACCUUACCCGAGCACCUACACAAUCUGUGCUUAACACACCUCCCCCUAAUAUUUCCUUGCCGCCACCUCCUCCACUGUUGAAUUCAAACAGUUCUGAUCCUUCUCCUUUCCGUAAUAUGUCCACUGUUAGCGAUGGAUACUUGCCUUCAUCCAUUUCUUGCUCCUCUUCAACUGCUUCGCUUCAAUCUGCUAACACUGCAUUGGCCAUGAAACUUGCAUCUUUGCAGCCCAAAGCUUCUCACCCUUCCUUCACAGUGCAUCACCCACCUUUGCCACGUUCAGCGCUUGCUCAGUCAGCACCUCUUAUCCCUCAGUCCAGCACAAAUACAUCUGCAAUGUGGGUCACACUUGGCAUGCAGUCUCCUUAUGCUACACAUUUCUCUGGGGUUAAGCCUCGAUAAGAACUUGCGUACUUUAUCAGUCUUAUAAGGUAAUUAGGAAUUCUACCUCAAAACAAUGUGACCUAUGCAAGGACGAUGUGGACCAACUUCAUCCACUUCCAUCAAACAAAAGGUGCUUGAGUGGCCUGCAAACAUUGUUUUGCUUCUUUACUACUGGAAAAUAAAAGCAAAUACAUUUUACUGUGAAUUGGUUUUAGUGUUGCUGCAAAAAAAGGCUCCUGUUGUAUGGCAUUUUAGAAACUAUUUAUCUUUUUCCCAAGUAAUUGGGACUAGUCAUUGUCCCAGCAAGCCUAUAGAGGCUUUGAAGUGUGAAGUGCAGCGCACACCAGCAUUCAUUUGUUAGCCUGCUGUUGGUGCUAUUUUAACCACCAUAAACUGUGCCUCUGUGGGUUUUGAUCCCUGGUGCUUUUAUUCUGAAAGGUUGCAAACUAAAUUGUUAGCUGAGACCAGUUUCUCUGAAACAAGUGAUAUCUUUGUAACAUUUUGUAUCACUUGUUAACAGUUUGGUACUUGAUGCAGAUGUUGCUCAGCCACCUUCAGUUUACUUUAUACAAGUACAAUCCUGCUCUUCUCUUCCACUGAUUUGUCUCUGGUCUUUUGUAUGUUAAGUGAUUGUUCACGAUAACACAGAAAAAUACUGUCAUCACUGUCUUUUUCUCAUUAAUUUAAUGGUGUUUUAUAGCAUUGUAAAUUGCAGUUCAUACAAUGUAAUCUAAUACCAUUAGAUAAAGAUUUAUUAUACAUUUGAAUUAUUGCUGUGUAAUUUUAAUUGUAAGCAAUAGCACAUUGAUUUUCUGGUAAACUUAGUAUACAAUGAAGUGUAAAUUUUACCAUUUUCUACACAUUUUGUUCAAGAAAUAUGUAUUAUGUAUAAACAACCCAAGAGAGCAAAAUGUGAAAAUGAAAACUGAAUUUAAAAUGCAAUGGGAUUUCAUAGACUGUAGGUCAUUUUAAAAAUGUAUUUUAAAAAUUUCUUUUUCACAAUGUUUUAUACAUUUAAGGUGGGACAUCUUUACUAAUCCAGUUUUAAAAAGUACCUCAAGUUUUUUAAUAUCCUUACAAAAGUUCAACUUUCUGGUUAAAGAAUUCAACAUUGGAUUGUGCUUGAAGCUAAAUGUUUUUUUUCUUUUAUCAAAUUAUUUAAAGCUAUGUUUUUUUAAAAAGGUCUGAAGCAAAGAAGUUGCAGUAAUUUUUUAUGUAAUUAUAUUCACUAACCAAACUGCAGUAAGACCAAUGCCAAGCAUUUUUGUAAGUAUAAUGAAAUGAUUAACUAAGUAACUGAGGGUGACAUAAAGGCUCUUAGGCCAGCAAAGAACUGUGCUGUUUGUUUCAGGUGGAGCUGAUUCAUGUGCCCUGUAUUUUUUGCAGUGCAGCACACGGGAGCCCAUAUCUCUCUUUUUGAAAACAAUAUCCAGCAUGUUAAGAAAAUAAAUAACCUAUAAAAUGGGUGAGGGUGGGGGGAGGGUGCGCUGGGGAAGGAGAUGUAUCCUUAGUUUCUGCUGUUUUGAAACCACAUUGCAGUUUAAAACUGUUGUAUUUUACCUGAGUGAAUUAACUGUUUUUGCUUUUGGGAUGUCCAGAAGAUUGUUUAGCUUUAGUGGUGGCUGUGGGAAUUUUGAGUUUGUGACUGAGUAAUUGUAAUAAAAUGAAAGCUUGUAAAGUGUGAGCAGAAAUGUUGGCUUUUUACAGUAUGGAGGAACCGUGGUUCUUGAGAAAUUGAGCUUGAUGGACCUCCAAUGCGCAUGCAUCUUGAUGCAUGACUAGCGCUAAAAUAGCGACACGUUUCCUACUUGUUCAGUGCUACAUAAUGCACAAUAUAGUUUAAAGUAGUAAGUGUUCAAGUGCAAACAUUGAUUGGACACCUUCCACUGACUGGUUACCAGAUUCAGUGCAGUCAUGUUAAUGUUUUGACCUUUACUUGAAACUAAUAUUUAUUCAAGUUUAAAAGACCAUAAUGUAGUACUGUAGAGAGUUGUACUUCCCUUUCUGUAUUCUGACAAUUCCUGGUCAAGACCUCAUAAAAUGCGUCAUAAGAUCUUGGGAAGAAGAAAGAUUAUUGGAUUGAAUCUUUUGUAUUCUUCCUUUUUGAAAUAGCUAAGAGGGCAAUUGAACUAGGAAAUAGUUGACUAAAAUUAGACCUUUAGUCUGUUAUUGGUACAGAUGCAAUAGUUAUCAGGUAUUAUAAACUCUGCUUUUGAGGUGCAACAGGUCAAAUAAAAUAAAAUUCAGAGUACUGUUCUAUUGAAAUAGACACUAAAACUGUAAGAAAUCUAAAUUAUUCAAGAAUAUGGUGUUUAAUUGGAUUUCAGUCCCGUAGAACCUACUUUGUAGAGUCUGGUGAUGUUGACUGCAAAUUGAAUAUUCGGGUAUUACAUGCUACCAGAAAUUUCAUGGAAGCAUAUAUAGGAAGAUGAUGAAUCAAUUAUAAAUUUGGCUUAAUUUUUGUACAAUGUGAAAAUAUUCACACUAGUACAUGGUAGAUAGUUAGCUCACCAGUAACCAAGUGAAACAUCAAACAGUGACAGGAUGUUCUCAUAAGUAGCCUUAAAUUUAUAGGUAGAUUGAGGUGUAAUUACAUGCUGUGAAAACUGAGCCAUAUAACUUAAUAGAAAAAAGGUGCAUUUAUGUCAUUUUAUGUUGGUUUAUAGUAAUAAAACAAACUGCUUUUCAGAAGCAGUCAAAAUCAAUUUGUACAAUCCAUCAGGGGUGCCUCUAUCAUGCAGAAACUGUAAAUGAGAUUGCCCCUUAAAUAUUGAACAUCUAUUGUGAUCUGUACACUAUUUAUCAAGUUCAGUUUACUGUAAGGAAAAUCUUCUGUACAAAGUAAUACUAUUAUUUUAAUAUAUAUGUAUAUUACCAAAAUGCCUGAGAUAUAUUAGAAGCUAUUACCUAAUUUUCUUGAGUAUUCCCAAAUACUUUGGAGGACAAUAUUUUCUGUUUGUAACAAAAUUGUACAUUUACUAGUUCGGAAAAAGGAGAAACCUUUUCCAAGUGUCUCUGAACCAUCCCAAGGCACAGAUGAUAUUUUUCAGCACUGAAAGGUAAUGUCCAUCAUAUGCUGGAUUUUACAUAUUAAUUGUAUUUUGCAUAUAUCUUUCACUCCCUCAACUGCACUUAGGGGUAUUUGAACAUAAUUUUACAUUUUAAAAAUGCUUAUGUUGGGAAAAACAUUUGAGAUACAAGUAUAUUUUAAUCCUCAUCGCACUGCAUCCUGAAUGAGCAUUUAAACAAUGUAUAUAUAACUAUCUAAAGUCAUAUGAUGUAAAAUUUUACAACUUCAUUUAAAUCAAGUAGCCGGUGAGUUGAGAUUGCAUGGGUGUUAGGUUUGUUUGAAAUUAACCACAGUUAAUACAAAUUAAAAUGCCAGAAGUUCCAUAAAUAUGAAGUGUGCUGUGAUUGUGGAAUAUGAUAAAGGGGAAUACAAUAUAGUGUUAAGACUCCUGAUUAUUUCGGGCACAUACUACCCCCAAAACAUUUACAAACAGGAGUUAGGACUAUUAAUUCAGCAAAUUUCAUGAAUUGAAAACUGAAUACCUUAGUUGUAAGGUGCAAGAAUCUGAACUUUAAAUGUUUUUCCUCUGGACUCCUCAAAUUCCUUAUAAGCUUUAGACAUCUCAGACAUAGGUUUUCAUCACUUUGUAGUAUUUGACCAGAAGGCUACAUGUUAUCCUGUGUAAGAUGGACGUUAUCUUUAAAUACACAAGUGGAGGAUGAAUCAUAUAUUCUUUGCACUUGUACCGUACAGUCUGUCUUUUUGUGGCUAUAGCUUAUAUUGUACAAUGCUGCUUGGUGUGGAAGAAAAAAAGCUGUCCUAAAUAAACACAAUGUUAAGGAAAUAAAAUCUGUGGUUAUUUAAAAAACUCUGAAUAUACAAAAAUUGUUCAAUAUGUACAGUUGCGAAGAUGAUAUUGCUCAAGAAUUAGCUUGUGACUAUUUUGGCAUGGCUGUAGAAUUUGAAAGAGAGCUAGAUAUUCACAUUGACAGCUGGUUCAAUUGGCUUUUUCAAAUUUUUCAUAAUGUAGACUUGGUGCAUAUACUGUGUGGUAGGGGAAAGGGAUGUUUUUGUGAUUACAGUUGCCUAGUGCUUAUUACAUUUUGUGAAAUUUGUGAAGGUUAAAUGGCAAGCAUUCUAAAAAUCUCAUUGUUUUCUUUGUAUGUAAUGUUAUAAUGGAACUGCUCUUUAUUGUUUUUUUCUGCCAUUCCACCCUUUUCUAAAGUACUGUAAAUCCAGUUAAGUUGCAACUACUACUAAAAUGUUAUUUUGGAGGAAUAAAUUUUCUUUGGCCUGGCA